CCUACAAUUCUCUUUUCUUUUCUCUCUCCUCUAGUCAUCCAAGAUGCUGAAAGGAAAGAAGACCAAGGGGAAGAAGGUGGCCCUGGCCUCUACUGUUGUGAAGAAGCAAGAGGCCAAGAAGCUGGUCACUCCCCUGUUUGAGAGAAGGCCCAAGAAUUUUGGCAUCAGACAGGACAUCCAGCCCAAGGACCUCACCAGCUCUGUCAAAUGCCACGGGCUGCAGUGGCAAAGGACUAUUCUCUAUAAAUGUCGAAAAGUGCCUUCCAUAAUUAACCAGUUCACCCAGGCUUUGGACCACCAAACAGCUACUCAACUGCUUAAGCUGGCCCACAGAUACAGACCAGAGAGAAAGCGAGAGAAGCAGAGAUUGUUGGCCCGGGCUGAGAUGAAAGCUGCCAGCAAAGGGGAUGUCCCCACUAAAAGGCUGCCUGUCCUUCAAGCUGGAGUUAAUAUUGUCACCACCUUGGUGGAAAAUACGAAGGCUCAGCUGGUAAUGAUUGUAUAUGAUGUGGAUCCCAUUGAACUGGUUGUCUUCCUGCCUGCCCUGUGUUGUAAGAUGGAGGUUCCCUUCUGUGGCAUCAUCAAGGGGAAGGCCAGGCUGGGGCAUCUGGUCCACAGGAAGCCCUGCACCGUUGUCACACAGAUUAACUUGGAAGACAAAGGAAUUCUGGCUAAACUGGUGGAAGCCAUCAGAACCAAUUACAGUGACAAAUAUGAUGAGAUCUACCACACCAGCCACCAGAGAGACAACGUCCUGGGUCCUAAGUCAGUGGCUCGCAUUGCCAAGUGGGAAAAGCUAAGGACCCUCCUGGCUGGUCCUGUGACCCCCUCUGGGUCCUUGGACCUGGCCUGCCGGCAUCAGAAAGAGCAUGGUGUCCGGUGCUCUUUGAUAAGGGUGGAGCUGGGGAUGUCUUCCAGAGCCCUUGAGUUAUCUUCCAGACUUUUUGCUAAAGAAGCUUGUGAUGGAGAUGGCAUUUCAACGCACCGCAGCCCCCUCAGCCACCUGGGGACUGUGCGGCACCUGGGGUCUACGUGGCACCUGGGGACCGCGUGGCACCUAGGGGCAGUGCGGCACCUGGGGACUGUGCGGAGUCACAGAGGCAGCCAGCACCUGAUGAGUCCAGCUCAGACAAAGCACUCCCGUUCCUCUGGCUGUGGCGUCUGGUUCAGGGAUGGGCUCCCACAGAGUAUGGUUCCCACUGAGUGA